GUAUGAUUAUGUUGAAGUGAUUGAUGGAGAUAAUGCUGAAGGACGCUUAUGGGGAAAGUACUGUGGAAAAAUUGCUCCCCCUCCUUUAGUGUCUUCGGGACCAUAUCUUUUUAUUAAAUUUGUUUCCGACUAUGAGACACAUGGAGCAGGAUUUUCAAUCCGCUAUGAAGUUUUCAAAAGAGGACCUGAAUGUUCCAGAAACUUUACUUCAUCAAGUGGAGUGAUAAAGUCCCCUGGAUUCCCUGAAAAAUAUCCCAAUAGCCUUGAAUGCACUUAUAUUAUCUUUGCACCAAAGAUGUCGGAGAUUAUACUGGAAUUUGAAAGCUUUGAGCUAGAACCUGAUUCAAAUACUCCAGGGGGAGCGUUCUGUCGCUAUGACCGAUUGGAAAUCUGGGAUGGAUUCCCCGAUGUUGGCCCGCACAUAGGACGUUAUUGUGGGCAGAACAACCCAGGACGUGUCCGGUCUUCAACAGGGAUUCUUUCAAUGGUAUUUUACACCGACAGUGCAAUAGCAAAAGAGGGAUUCUCAGCAAACUACAGCGUGUCACAGAGCAGUGUAUCAGAAGAUUUCCAGUGCAUGGAACCGCUAGGUAUGGAAUCAGGAGAAAUUCACUCUGAUCAAAUCACUGUCUCCUCCCAGUACAGCGCUAUCUGGUCUUCAGAAAGGUCCCGGCUAAAUUAUCCUGAGAACGGAUGGACCCCAGGGGAAGAUUCUAUCAGAGAAUGGAUACAGGUAGAUCUAGGCCUUCUCCGCUUUGUUUCUGGAAUUGGGACCCAAGGAGCCAUCUCUAAAGAAACAAAGAAAGAAUAUUAUCUGAAAACAUACCGCGUAGAUGUCAGCUCCAAUGGAGAGGACUGGAUUACACUGAAGGAGGGAAAUAAGCCUGUGGUGUUUCAAGGGAAUAGCAAUCCCACUGAUGUUGUUUACAGACCUUUUGGCAAACCAGUUUUAACACGUUUUGUGCGAAUUAGACCUGUGUCUUGGGAAAAUGGAGUAUCACUGAGAUUUGAAGUUUAUGGCUGCAAGAUAACAGACUAUCCUUGCUCUGGGAUGCUGGGUAUGGUGUCUGGGCUCAUUCCUGACUCUCAGAUUACUGCAUCUACUCAAGUUGAUCGAAACUGGAUCCCAGAGAAUGCUCGCCUCAUAACAAGCCGUUCAGGUUGGGCACUGCCACCAACUACUCACCCAUAUACAAAUGAAUGGCUUCAAAUAGACCUUGGUGAAGAAAAAAAAGUGAGGGGCAUAAUUGUCCAAGGAGGCAAGCACCGGGAAAACAAAGUAUUCAUGAAAAAGUUCAAAAUUGGCUACAGCAACAAUGGAUCAGAUUGGAAAAUGAUCAUGGAUUCCAGCAAGAAAAAGAUAAAGACUUUUGAAGGCAACACUAACUAUGACACGCCUGAACUGAGGACUUUUGAGCCUGUAUUGACGAGAUUCAUCCGCGUCUACCCUGAGAGAGCCACACAUGGAGGACUGGGGCUGCGAAUGGAGCUGCUGGGCUGUGAACUCGAAGCUCCUACUGCUGUCCCUACUGUUUCUGAAGGCAAACCCGUGGAUGAGUGUGAUGAUGACCAGGCAAACUGUCACAGUGGCACAGGUGAUGACUACCAACUGACAGGUGGUACUACAGUGCUGAAUACAGAAAAGCCAACAGUAAUAGACAAUACUUUACAACCAGGUAAAAAAAAUAUUUUUUUCUUAUUAAAAACAUAA